UUUACUUACAGCUGUUCUUAUCAAUCAGCUGUAAUCAGCGGAACCAUAUCAAGUGCACUUUACAAAGCGUCGUGUGUAAAGAUUUGGACAAGCCGCAAACCAUUUUCUGAAUAUCUGAAGUGCACUCCAGAAACAACUAAGUUUGUUACCAUACUCCAAAAUCCCCGUACGAUCCCGCUUACGUAAUGCUGAGCAAUCUGGGAAGGCGAUUGGGUUCACCCCUCUACAGGCGAUUUGUGCACACGGAGCGGAAAGUAAGGGUUAAUGGCUCCGAUCUACACAUUGUAGAGAGCGGCAGCGGAGAACAGAGUUUGCUCCUGAUGCCCGGAGCCCUGGGAUCUGCUUGGACGGACUUUAAGCCGCAGAUUGAACAGCUGCCGAAACUUUUGCCUGGUCACACGAUCAUCGCCUGGGAUCCGCCAGGUUAUGGAAAAUCAGUACCUCCCCAACGAAAGUUCGGACUAGAUUUCUUCCAGGAGGAUGCCCAGGCAGCUGUGGAUUUGAUGCGGGCUCUGGACAGGCCAAGGUUUUCCAUUUUGGGCUGGAGUGAUGGAGGAAUCACCGCCCUAAUCAUAGCAGGUCGCCAUGCCGAGGCUGUGGAGCGCCUGGCCAUUUGGGGAGCAGGUGCCUACCUAAACGCUGAUGAAGUCAAGGCCCUCAGAAACAUCCGGGAUGUAGCCAAGUGGUCUCCCCGCAUGCGUGAGCCCAUGGAGAAGGUGUACGGCGUGGAGAGAUUCCCCCAAUUGUGGGCCGAAUGGGUAGACGCCGCCUGCUCCUUCUAUGACCAAAGGGACGGCGAUUUCUGUCGCUCUGAAGUGGAACAAAUAAAGGCACCUACUUUUAUACUGCAUGGAAAGAAGGAUCCCAUGAUAGCAGCGGAACACGUUCCCUGGCUAAGGGAGAGGUUGCCCCAGGCAAAGUACCACGAGUUCCCUGAGGGCAAGCACAAUAUUCAUCUACGUUAUGCGGAGGAGUUCAACAAACUGGUUGCCGAUUUCUUAAAGAAAAAAGAUUAGGAUCUUUUAUAUAUUUUAACAGUCGAUAUUACUUAACUCGAAUUUUCAAAUAGUAAACACAUUUAUUAAUAAUGCAAUUGAAAAAUACACUCUUGAUCCAAAAGUGGUUUAUAAACCCCUUUUUGUGGCAGAUAGUGGUUCGAGUUAAAUAAUUUCGACUGAAAUAGGAAAUAGAUAUCAGAAAUGAGAAGGCAACUGUCCAGGGUCCAAUAUACUACAAAAAAGCUGAUAGUUUUGAUGAAUCAAAUUCAUAUCUAAACUAAAGGAAAUUGUAUAUCUAUUGUAUGAUUCAUGAAACUAAUUGAGGAAUAACCAUAUCUCUUAGCUUAGCAAGAUUGCAGUAAAGGAAAUAAAUGAAAGUGACAACUACCGAAGAAAAAAUCGCCAACAAGGUUAUAAAUAAAUAUAGGUACGACUUUCUGAAAGAAUUAACAGCCUAAAGCUCUCAGAAAAUUUGAGUCACCUUAAAUCAAAUUAAGCCAAAUUAAUUAAAAAGCAUUAUCUAAUAAAAGUU